AUGGCGGACGUAGCCAAGAACGAGCAGGUCGAUACAACUGGAGAACCUACCUUGGUCAAGGAGGUCAAAGCAUUGGUAAGUUGUGUUUUUAUGUUAAUAUUCUGAUCAUUUAGAAGAUCUCUAAGUGUCCUGAAGAAAAGAAGCAAUGGCCCGAGUUCAUUCAAGAGAGAAUCGAGCUGUUCGAUGAACUUAUGGCCAAACACAAGGCUGAACUGGCUUUUAAGCCUAAAAAGCCUAUCAAGAUUACUUUGCCUGAUAGUAAGGAAGUCGAAGGUACGUCUUGGGAGACCAGUCCAUUUUCUGUUGCUGCUGGAAUUAGCAAAAGUUUGGCUGAAGCUGUUGUUAUUGCCAAAGUCAAUGGCGAAGUAAGUGUUUGAUUUUUUAAAAACCUUUUGUUUUUAUUAGUUUAAACCAUAAAAAGUGAUUAAUUGUUUUAUCUUUUAAUUUAAAAAUUUUAGUUGUGGGAUUUGGAUCGCCCAUUCGAAGGUGAUGCCAGCUUGAUCUUGUUGAAGUUCGAUGAUGAUGAGGCUAAACAAGUAUUUUGGCACAGUUCAGCUCAUAUUUUGGGAGAAGCUUGUGAGAGAUAUUGUGGUGGUCAUCUUUGCUACGGUCCUCCAAUUGCUGAGGGUUUUUAUUACGAUAUGCAUCUGGAGAAUCAGUCGAUUUCUCAAACCGACUUCCCAAAGCUGGACAAGAUUGUGUCUUGCGCUAUCAAAGACAAACAACCUUUUGAGAGAUUGGAAGUCACGAAGGAAGAUUUGUUGAAGAUGUUUGCUUACAACAAGUUCAAAGUAAGAAUCUUGCAGGAGAAAGUCACCACGCCUACUACAACUGUUUAUCGUUGUGGAUCUCUGAUUGACUUGUGCCGUGGACCGCACGUCAGACAUACUGGCAAAGUCAAGGUAGGUUUGAUUUUUUAAGAGUUAUGUAAAUAGCGUGGAAAGGGGUUGAUUCUGCGAAUUUGAGCGUAUAGCAAUAUUGUUUUAGGCUAUGAAGGUAACAAAGUCGUCAGCCUCGUAUUGGGAGGGUAAUGCUGAGAAGGAGAAUCUACAAAGAGUUUACGGUAUAUCAUUUCCUGAUGCUAAACAGUUGAAGGAAUGGGAGAAGUUCCAAGCUGAAGCCGCUGAACGAGACCACAGAAAGAUUGGCAAAGACCAGAACUUGUUCUACUUCCACCCAUUGAGUCCUGGUUGUGCUUUCUGGUUGCCCAAAGGUACCCUCAUCUUCAACAAGCUUGUUGAUCUGAUUAAGUCUGAAUACCGUACUCGGGGCUUCCAAGAAGUGAUUACUCCUAACAUUUAUAACGCUAAGCUUUGGGAGCAAUCUGGCCAUUGGCAACAUUAUGCUGAGAACAUGUUUAGGUAAGUGACUUAUAUGCUCUUCAUUAAUUUAGAGAAAAUUUUUUGGGGUUUAAUAUUUUUUAAAUGAAACUAGCUAGUUUUCGCUCAAUUUAAAACUAUUUGAAAAUUUUAGCUUUGAAGUCGAAAAGGAGCAGUUUGCUUUGAAGCCAAUGAACUGUCCUGGUCAUUGUCUGAUGUUUGACAGCGCUCAUCACACCUUCAACCAGCUGCCUUUAAGGUUUGCUGACUUUGGAGUUCUUCACAGGUAAGUCUAUAUUUGCCUUUUGUAGGCGGAUGUUGACGGAAAAUAAAUAUAAAUAUAGGAUUUACAUUAAUUGUAUGUUUUAGAAACGAAUUCUCGGGCGCUCUGACUGGUCUCACCCGUGUCAGGCGUUUCCAACAAGACGACGCCCACAUCUUCUGUAGAAAGGAUCAGAUCGUGCAAGAGAUCGACGCUUGCAUUCAGUUCUUGAAUCGAGUCUACGUUGACAUUUUUGGCUUUACCUUUAAGUUAAACCUUUCCACAAGGCCCGAAAAGGAUUAUUUGGGUGAUAUCGACACUUGGGACAACGCCGAGAAUCAGCUGAGAGAAGCCUUGAACAACUCUGGAUACCCAUGGGCUUUGAAUCCAGGAGAUGGAGCUUUCUACGGUCCUAAGAUUGACAUUACGAUCCAUGAUGCUCUGAGACGAGCACGUCAGUGUGCUACCAUUCAGCUUGAUUUCCAAUUGCCAGAGAGGUUCAACUUGCAUUAUUACAAGUAGGUUGCUCAAUUUUGUAAUUUUAUAGUACGACCGAACUUAUAAAAUUGUAAAAACAUCUUACAUUUGUCAUUUAGUGAUAAGGGAGAGAAAGAACGCCCUGUCAUCAUCCACCGUGCCGUUCUGGGAUCAGUAGAGCGAAUGACAGCCAUUCUGAUCGAGAACUUUGCUGGAAAGUGGCCCUUCUGGCUGUCUCCACAACAAGUCAAGGUCAUCAUUGUACACAAGAACUUGACCGAGUACGCUGAGAACGUCAGAAAACAGCUGUUCGAACAAGGAUUCGAAGUCGACUUUGACCCAGAAUGCCCAGAUACCUUCAACAAACAAGUCAGAACGGCAGAAGUUGCACAUUACAACUUCAUCUUGGUCAUCGGAAACCAAGAAGCCACCAAUGGAACAGUCAACGUCAGAACGAGAGGAGGAGCGGUAAGUUAACUACUUGAUUUGUUUCUUCAAAAUUAAAAUUUAAAAAACAAAUAAGUGAGCAAGGGUUGAUAACACUAUUGUUGUUACAGAAGUUUGGCGAAGUCUCUGUGUCCGAUCUGAUCAAGAAAUUCCAAAGAUUCACCGCCAACUACACCCGUGAAGCCGAAAGCCCUGAGGAGUUUAACCGUGAAUAA